AUGCUUUGUGAGCUAUAUGAUCGCCAGUCACAGUUAUUACAACCAGCAGAAAUUAUUAUCGCGAAACAACGAAACAUCAUUGACCGUUUUGUUCACCUACUUUCUGUUGGGUUUGCAUUACCAGUUAUCGAAAAGAUCAACAAAAUGUUCCAGGAAGGACAAAUUGAUGUUUCCCUUGUAAGAUACUUUGCAAUAGACGUUCUGGAUAUCAUUGGGCCACCCUAUUCAGAAGAGUUCAUCGAGACAUUUUUACCGAUAGUGUCAAAUCAGGAAAUCUUUGAUAACAUAACAGUGGUAGAAGCGGUAACUCAAUUCGUCGAAGAUGUCACGUCUAGAACUAUAGAAAGUAAUGAUGCAGAAGACGUUGUAGAAUGCGACAGCACGUCUAGCGAAAGUGAAGUUUUGUCUGAUUUGAUUAUAUUGGAAAUGUGUAAUUUUAUUAAUUGA